AUGCUGCUCAGUCCGGCCAUGUUGUUCAUCGGUGUGCUGUAUGUAACCUUCGUGCUUCUGCGGUACCUGACCCAGUUACACCACCACCGUAAACAGUCCAAGGCACUCAACUGCAAGCCUGCAGCACCCGGCAAUUCGAGCUUCCUUGGUAUCCCGGCUUUCUUGCGCCUUACCAAAGCAGUGCGCGAGAAGCGCUGGAUCGAUUAUUUGUGCGACCAGUUCGCCAUCAACGGCACUACCUUUACACAGCGGUUCCUGUCCCGAAAGCUUCUGACCACGAUCGAGCCGGAGAAUAUCAAAGCAAUCCUGGCGACUCAGUUCCAGGAUUUUUGUUUGGGCACGAGACACGAGAUGUUCUAUCCGUUGCUGGGUGAUGGCAUCUUCACAUUAGAUGGGGCAGGUUGGUCGCAUGCACGCGGAUUGUUGCGACCACAGUUUACGAGAGAUCAGGUUGCAGACUUGUCAAUGCUGGAUGAUCACAUCUCGCACUUGAUCGACCUUAUCCCGAAAGACCGAAGCAGCUUCGAUAUCCAGCGAUUGUUCUUUUUGUUGACCCUCGAUUCGGCCACACAUUUCCUGUUCGGUGAAUCUGUCGGCUGCAUGCUUCCCCCUGAUCAAACCACGGGUGUCCUCGAAAAGUCCGCUGUUCGGAAUGCACAGGGUUUCGCCGAUGCAUUUACUACUGCUCAGGACUACUUGGCCGCCCGAUCCCGCGCACAGGGCCUCUACUGGCUCGUCAAUCCGAAGGAGUUCCGCGAGGCCAACCGACGCGUGCAUGAAGUUGUGGAUCAUUAUGUGAAUGUAGCACUGGAAUCCAAGAAACGCGGCACCUCAAAGGAAAGUGACGGCCGGUAUAUCUUCCUGGAAGCCCUGGCAGCCGACACCGACGACCCAAAGAUGCUGCGCGACAAUAUGCUUAACAUCCUGUUGGCCGGUCGUGAUACCACCGCGAGUCUACUCAGUUCUACAUUCUUCUAUCUGGCCCGUUAUCCUCAAGUUUGGAACCGGUUGCGUCGUGAAAUUGUCGAGGCCUUUGGCGACAGCAACAACUCCGGUGAAAUUACCCAGACUAAGCUCAAAGAUAUUCCGUACCUGCGUUAUGUGCUAAACGAGGUCCUCCGUCUGCAACCGCCUGUCCCUGUCAAUUUCCGCGUUGCUACCAAAGAUACAUCUCUCCCGGUCGGGGGUGGUCCCGACGGUCGGUCACCCGUCUAUGUGAAGAAAGGCACUUUGGUCGCCUAUAACGUAUUUGCUAUGCACCGCCGUACGGACCUUUGGGGUAAAGAUGCCCCCUCAUUCCGGCCGGAACGCUGGGAAGAGAAUGCGAAGCACGGAUGGGAGUACUUGCCAUUCAACGGCGGCCCCCGGAUUUGUCUCGGCCAACAAUACGCGCUCACCGAAGCUAGCUAUACGGUCGUGCGGCUGAUGCAACACUUCGACAGCCUCGAAAAUGCCGAUCCUGACCCCCGGGAAGAGCCCAUCAAACAGUCGAACCUCACCAUGAUGCACGACCACGGCGUCCCGGUGAAGCUGUAUUCAUCGGCGCGGAUCUAG